AUGAUACCAGUGGCACUCCUAUCUAUCUAUCUAUCUAUGUCUCUUCAUAUCUAUCUAUCUAUCUAUCUAUUUUAUUCUAACCCAUUUCUAUCUAUCUAUCUCAGUCUACCCAUUUCUAUCUAUCUAUCUAUCUAUCUAUCUAUAAUGUGGCAGAACUCAACAGCCGUCUGUGAGGGUGGGGAACCAAUGUCUGUUGCAAAUAUCAUAUGGGAUGACAAGACUUUCAAACCACCAUCUAUCUAUCUACCUAUCUAUCUAUCUAUCUAUCUAUUCAUGCCCUUCAUAUUCAUCUAUCUUUCUAUCUAUCUAUCUAUCUAUCUAUUCAUUCAUGUCUCUUCAUAUUCAUCUAUGUAUCUAUCUAUCUAUGCCCUUCAUAUCUAUCUAUUCAUCUAUCUAUCUAUCUUCAUCUAUCUAUCUAUCUAUCUAUCUAUGUCUCUUCAUAUCUAUCUAUGUAUCUAUCUAUGUCUCUUCAUAUCUAUCUAUCUAUCUAUCUAUGUCUCUUCAUAUCUAUCUAUCUAUCUAUCUAUCUAUCUAUCUAUGUCUCUUCAUAUCUAUCUAUGUAUCUAUCUAUGUCUCUUUAUAUCUAUCUAUCUAUCUAUCUAUAGCUAUCUUAAUCUACAAGAUGGUCCGAAACUCUUGUCACCCCCUAGAUAA